GUGUUUCUUCCAGUAAAACCCACGAUUACAGUGACAAGCGGCAGCUCAGCAUUAAGACACGGACAAACAAGAUCAGAGAAUCAAAUUCUUCCACACUGAAAAGUCUUUUCAGCUGAAACAAGCAAAAUUGUUUCAGUGGGAGGGAUGUAGAGCGGCUCCGGCUCAGGUUUCUGCUCCCGCUCGGGGAAAUUCUGGUGUGGGUCUGUUUGGGUUCAGUGGACUUCAAUGUGCCUGGUUGGAUGCUUCUCUCCCUGUUGUUGGACUGACAGCUCACAUCUGUGGAGUCACCAUGGCGAGUCACCGAGAGGAUCUGCAGCUCCAGAUCACCAUUCUUCUGGUCUCCCUCCUCAGUGCAGCAUCAGGUCAGUCCGACAGCAGCAGCAGCAGCGUUGUGGUGGCUGGGUACAACUUGAGUGCUCCUGUUAGCUCCAGUGUGGUGCUCCAGUGUGUGAGUGGUCGCAUGGUGUGGACCCGAGACAGGGUCCGGGACAGACAGCGGGUGGUCCACUGGGACUUGUACCGUGCCCGUCAUGGCUACGGCAUGGAGAGAGUGCUGGACAUGUUCUCGGCUGGAGACCAAAGGAUCUAUAACUCGUACAACCUGGACAGGGUGGGACUGAACCCCAGCGCCUUCAAGGAUGGGAACUUCUCCCUGCUCAUCAAAGACGUCACCGUGAAUGAUGCGGGUCUGUACUCGUGCAACCUCCACCAUCUCUACUGUCACCUGUACGAGACGGUCAGAGUUCAGCUCAACAUCACCAAGUCACGUCGUAAAGAGCAGCGGUACUGGGACGGCCAGAAGGCUGUGUACGUGGUGCUGCUGGGCAGUACUGUGGUGCUGCCCUGUGUCAACAGAAGAAAGGUCUGGACCGACUGGACUCGCGAGGAGGAGGAGCAGCAGGUGGUCCACUGGGACCGGCAGUCACCCGGAGCCCUGCACGACCGUGCUGACCGACUGGUCGACCUCUACGCAUCUGGAGAGCAGAGAAGUUACGGACCUGCGUUCCUCCAGAGGAAGAUGAACAUCAGCGGCACGGCCUUCUCCGAGGGAGACUUCUCACUCACCAUCUCCAACCUGCAGCCGUCCGACCAGGGGGUGUACUCCUGCCAUCUUCAUCAUCACUACUGUGGCCUGCAUGAGCGAAGAGAGUUCCUGCUCUCAGUGGAACCACGAGUGGUUCAGACCACCCUGCCACCCAAAGCUCUGCCCAGCGAGGCUAAAGAAACCCCGAAACCUGAUAAGCCCUCUGUCAUCAACGUGGUCCUGCCUGACCACAGACACAGCUUCCUUCUGCCGCUGGGCUAUGUCCUCACCGUCUUCCUUCUGCUAGCCUUCACCAUCCUCACCAUCAUCCUGGUAUCACGCAGACGUGGAGCCCAAGAGGUCCAGCCGCAGGCGUCCAUCAGAAGUCACAGCAGCUCCGAGGGGUUCCAGUUGGAUGAGCCACACCUAGCGACCUUGGAGCUGGAGGAGACCACCUUUGACUACAAGAACAACCUGCUGAAGGAGACGAGUGGAUUCAGCUUGACGGCCAUCGACCUGGAUAAAGAGCUGCAGAGGUUUUCCAAGUGACGCUGGCUGGACCAGAGACAUCUGGAAGAGUCUUCUCAACCAAAGCCAUUCAUCUCUUUCACUCCAGCUCUGGAUUCACACUGCGGUGGAGGAGAAACCUGAUGGUCAAGCGAGUCAAACUCACUUCACUUGACUUCAGGCGAUUUUAGAAGAGAAGACCAGCCAUAUUGACCACUCAAACAAGACUCAUCAUGUGACAAUAUCCCAGUGAUUAACCCCCACCAAACAUGCCAACUCAUUAGCUACUCUAUACUCUCGCCACUCGCCGUCUGCAUCUCCUCCUCACAUUACGACAGUUUGACUCAGACUUUAAUCCAAAGGACUUUAAUGCAUUGAUGAUCACCUGUCAGCUGUUGUGAGUGUGGUCCUGAUAUGUUUUUACCCAA